UUUCCUUCAUUUCCAUCAGCCACCAUGGUUUCCAGAAAGUCCAUGUCCCGGCCGCCGCCGGAUGCCGGUCUUGAUGUCAAGCCCCGCAACAAGAUCCAGCGCAAAAUGCUCCAUAUCAAGCGGAAGCGCGCCAAGGACGCCGCUCGUCACGCCGAGCGACAUGCAUUCAAGAAAGAGGAAGCCAAAAACCCCAAGCUGAAGGCGGACCGCUUGAAGCGCAAUAUUCCCUUGACCAUUGACCGGAAGCGUGUCUGGGAUGACGCUGGCAGCGACGUGGAGGAUGGUCUGGGACUGAGUGUGGACGUCGAGCGCAUCAAGCGGCGCAAACAAGAAGAGGAGGACGAGCUGAACCGGCCCUUGGACGAGGAUGAGAAAUCAUCAGAAGGAGAAGAAGAGUCUGAUGAUGAUGAAGACGAUGAUGACGUGGACAGCAUGCUUGCCAGCAGUGACGAGGAAGACGAGGGGGUGGAUGGCGAUGAUGAUGAUGACGACGACGACGAUAACAACACCAAGAAGUCCUCGGGCGACACUCGUGGACGCCGCAAAUCCAGCCUCCCCUCGGCUACCGAGCGCGCCACCAGUCCAUCGCAAUCUACCAAGAGCACAAACCUCACUGCUGUUCCAGACACUCUUGCCGCAAAAUUCCCUUCCCUCUUCAACACCGAGAAGCCGCCCUCCCCGAAGAUCCUGAUCACCACUUCGCUCAACUCAACCCUGCACCACGAAGCCGAGCUCCUAACAGACCUAUUCCCCAACUCCGUCUACGUGCGACGCUCGCGCCACCGCUUUGCGCACCAGUUCUCCAUCCGCGAAAUCUCCAAGUUUGCCUCCAACCGCAACUUCACGGCCGUGGUCAUCCUGCGCGAGGACCAGAAGAAGCCCACAGGGUUGGACAUCGUGCACCUACCCACCGGCCCCAUGUUCCAUUUCUCCAUGACCAACUGGGUCGAGGGCAAGCGUAUCCCGGGCCACGGUAACUCCACAGAACACUGGCCGGAGCUGAUCCUGAACAACUUCCGCACGCCGUUGGGUCUUUUGACUGCGCAUCUCUUCCGGACCCUGUUCCCCCCGCAGCCGGACAUCGAAGGCCGACAGGUGGUUACUGUCCUCAACAGCCGCGAUUACCUCUUCUUCCGUCGCCAUCGUUACGUGUUCCGCGAGAAGCGCGAGACCGAGAAGGCCGUUGUCGGCGCCGACGGCAAAGAGAUGAAGGGCGCCGAGGGUAUCCGCGCUGGUAUGCAGGAGCUGGGUCCGCGGUUCACUCUCAAGCUACGUCGUGUCGAUAAGGGCAUUCAACGGGCCAGUGGACAGGAAUGGGAAUGGAAGGGUGGGAUGGAGAAGACGAGGACAAAGUUUCAGCUUUAAUGUCAACCCCCAUUUUCCCUCUUUUAUCACCCGCUUUACUACCCCCACUAUCACUCCCACUAUUAUCUUGCUAUUCCCAGUAAGUCUUGUUCUUGUUUCUAGCCUUUUGUCGUUGCUCGACUGCAUUGGGUUCGGACGGCGUUAGGAUCAAAAAGGGUCUGUCUGUCUGUGUUUCAUCUUAUUCAAGCCAUUAUGGUAUGCUAUGUAUGUAUGUAUGAAUAUGUCACGUUUGGUGACUGGCAGGCUGGCUGUCUAUAGAAUCAGAUACAUAAGGUCUGGUCUGGUCUUCAUCGUGGCCGGGUUAUAUAAUGUCAUUUCUUUGAGCGAAGUCAAAUUUCCGAAAUC